AUGACCGAGAAUCAAGUAAUAAAAAUAGAUGAAAAAUGGCAAUCAAUUUUAGGUAAUGAAUUGCCUUUGAUUGAAUCUCAACAUUAUAUUAAACUCGGAACAAUUAUUUCACCACCAAAGUUAUUAGCAAAUGAACUUGAUAAUAACGUGGCGAAAGUACUUCCAUAUAUCCGACAGAAAGUUAAAAUGUGGGGUGUUGAUAUUCUUAAUGCAGAAAACUUCAAAAGUUUAAUCAAUUGUAAUGAGGAAGAUAAAAACUCUUAUGAUGAUGAGGAGGAUGAAGAAUCUUCUGGAAGUGAAUCAGGAAAUGAAAAGAAAAUUACCAAAAAUAGAUUGUCUCGGUUUGAUUGCAUUGCUACUUUAUUUGCUUCGGCUGAAUGUACUGUAGCUCAGGAUAUAUUUCGAACCAUAUCUCAAUUUUCUAUUGCAAUUCCUUUACUGAUGCCUGAAGUAAAUAAUUCGGAUAAGUAUAACGUAAUGUUUCCUUUACUCAUGGGACCAGUCAUUAAAUGGGAAACAAGUAAUGGAACGAUCGUAGAAAAUUACCUUUUCAAAGAUCCCUUUAAAAUGAUUGCUGCAAUCCGAAAUGGAAAGAACUCUAAAGGCAAAAGUACUAUAAUUAAUCGGUUAAUGAAAUCAAAUUAUAUGUUCACUUCACGUACUGAACCAAGAGCAAAAUAUGUAAUGUCACAUAUGGUUAGCGGAAGUAUUGAGUUCAUCUGGCUAACUGAAGAGACUUGUGGCGAAUCCUUGUGGAGUGAGGUUUUUAAAGAUUAUUAUGAAAAAAGGGAAUACGAGGAAAAAAGAAGAGAGGUCGUACUGCUUGCAAAUUUACAUGGCGAUGCAUUAGAUUAUCCUGAUCAAGUCGAAUUUUUAAAGCAAUUUUCAUCUUGUUUCCUAGUUUAUUUAAUGCCUGGACAUAACAAAGAUGAGAUUGAAAAUUUAAUUAACCCUAAGAAAGCGAGAUAUAUUUAUGUAGAUCCUAAAAAAAGUAAAGGUAUAAAAAAGAAAUACAUAAUUAAGACAGAAGACUUGGAUGAUCACGAAACUAUAAUAAAAAUGUGCAUAAAUAUUAAUGAAGUGUUAGAACUAGACGAUCAAAUAAAUAUAAUCGAUAUUGACGAAUUAAAAAUGGGGAAAACGCUUCAAUUUGCUGGAUAUACCGAAUUUUCAGAAUCUAAAGGAUUAAACCACAUAAAAUUUUGGCAACAAACAACUGAGUUGCAAGAAUUAAUCCGACUAUUCACCGGUAUUUUAUCUCUAAAACCUAUCAAUAAAAGAAGACAAGCUCUAGCACAUCUUGAAAGAGAAGUACCCAAGCUUUCUAUGGAAGAGUCUUCUAAAUCUCGAAAUAAAGCUAUAUUGAAAAGAAAAGAAUUGACUAGUUCAAGCAUUAAAAUUGAUAAAGAAAAGGAAGAAAAAGAUAAAAAGAUUCGAAAAGAAAUUAAAGAACUUUGGGAAGAAGUUGACAAUAAAAGUUUAGGCAUAGAACAUUUUUUCUGUGAAUUAGGAUAUAUUUAUAAAAUUUUUAUUUCUGAUUCUGACGACAAACCAAAAAUUAUUUCUGUCAAUGGUUCGUCUAAAGAAAAAAUUUUGAAAUUACCUGAAUAUUAUGCCGAACUGCUAAUUAGCGGUAAUACGAUAGAAUUACUUGAUGGUGAUUCUAUAAACAUAAAUGAAGCUUGGUUAUUAGCAAUUUGUAAUUGCAUUGAUAAACGAUUUCCUAAACUUAGGGUUUUUGUAAUCAGUAUUCUUGGAUUACAAUCGUCUGGAAAGUCCACUCUUUUAAAUGCACUUUUUGCAUGCAAAUUUGCUGUUUCAGUUGGGCGCUGUACAAGGGGUCUCUUUAUGCGAUUACUGUUUUUGGAAAAAGACUUAUCUGAUAAACUUGACGUUGAUGCUUUUAUCUUGAUUGACACGGAGGGACUUGGUGCACCUGAAAAAAUGGAUGAAACAGAAUCAGAAAAGAAAGAUCGGAUGUUAGCAACUUUUGCAAUGGGGAUAAGUAAUUUAACUAUUAUUAAUGUAUUAGGAGAAUCAAUGAAUGAGCUGACUGAAAUAUUGCAGAUAGCAAUUGUGACGAUGGCACGCCUUGAAAAAGUUGGUAUGUCCCCCGAUAUAAUUAUGGUACAACAUGUUCCAGAAAGAAAUACGUUAAGAUUAACUGAGCCAGAGCAAAUGUUUCGGAAUGCUCUUCAAAAAGCUUUGAAAAUAGUCAAAGAGAAAGACAACGAAGUAGGAUCGCAAAACCUUGAAUGUCUUGACAUUAUUGAUGCAAGAAUAAAAAAUGGAAAGCUCCUCAAAUUAUUUGCGCCUUUCAAAAAUGGGGCAACUGUUUAUUCUCCCAUCGAAACAAUAUCAUAG